AUGAAUGCAUUCGUCAGACAGAAGAAGAGACACACACGAGAUAAAAAAAUGACGUUGAUGAAAGAAGAAGUUCCUCCUCCUUCGGCGGAGGAGUGCGCGAGAGUGUGGCAACUGGAGUACGAGACGCAGACGAGGAAAUCUGUGGACGCGUCUUCGAGAGGAGGGAAAGGAGGAAAAGAGAGGAAUGGUAGCGGUACUUUUAAUAAUGGAAAGAACUUUCACGAGGCGGCUGCCGUGGAGGCACUGAUGACGAUGACGGAGAGAAAAACGACGCACAAAGGGAUAUCGAUCACGUGGCGAAACCUAACGUAUACGGUCCAGAUUGGCAACAAUAAGAAACAGAAAACGAGUAAAAAAGUUUUGGACGACAUGACGGGCGCGGCGAUGCCGAGACAUUUCGUCGCGUUAAUGGGUCCGACGGGAAGUGGGAAAACGUCUCUGCUCAACUGUCUCUCCGGUCGAAUACCGAAGAAAGACGGGACUUUAACCGGGGAGAUUUUAGUCGACGGGAAAGCGAGGAACGAGAAGAUUUAUCGAAGCAGACAAGUGGCGUACGUGAUGCAAGAAGAGUUGUUGUUCCCUCACUUGACGGUGAUGGAAACGUUCAUGUUGCACGCGAAGUUGCGCUUGCCGCAAAGCAUGAAGAUCGAAGAAAAGACGAGGUUGGUGAGAAGUUUAAUCUUAGAGUUGGGGUUAAAAGCGGUGGAAAAUUCAAAGAUUGGAAGACCUGGGGGCUUUCCGAGAGGGUUGUCCGGUGGAGAAAGGAAGAGAGCAAACAUUGGCAUAGAAAUGGUGGCAAAUCCAGAGGCGUUGUUUUUGGACGAGCCGACGAGCGGGCUCGAUUCUUUUCAAGCGCAGAACGUCGUCAGAGCGUUGCAAGAUUUAGCCGCGCACGGAAGAACGGUCGUGUGUACCAUCCAUCAACCUCGAAGUUCUAUUUUUAAGUUAUUCGACCAACUUUUGUUAAUAAGCGAAGGGAAGAUGUUAUACAUUGGCGAUUCCGAGAAGGCGGUGGAGUACUUCGCGAAGUUAUCGUUCAUGUGUCCAGAUUUGACGAACCCGGCAGAUUUUUUCAUGGACAUUACGAGCAUGGAUCGAAGAUCAGAAGUGGCGGAGAAAAAUAGCAGAGAUCGUUUACGAUUGUUCGCGAAUAAGUGCGAGGAACGAGAGUUGGGCGAGAACGCGGUGAAAUUAGCAGGCGCGAUGAACUCCUCCUUGUUCGGAAACGGAAACGCCGGCGGCGGCGGUAGUGGUAGUAAUAAUAGUAAAAAUAGAAAGAAGAAAGGAGAAGACAACACUCUCGUGAACGAGUACCAAGGACGAGGCGCGAAUUGGUUUCAACAAUUCGCGUUACUCAUGGACCGCUCGUUGCGCGAACAGAAACGGAACGUGAUUGGCAUAUUCGUUCCAAUCGUCAUCGACGUCAUUUACGCUUUAAUUCUCUCCGCGUUGUACAGAGAUUUAGGAAAAGAUCAACAAGGCGUGCAAGACAGAAUCGGGUGUUUGUUCUUCAUAUGUUUGAACGUUGCGUACACGUCUGCACUCCCUGCGAUUAACUUGUUCGCUGGAGAAAAGGCAGUCAUAGGGAGAGAACGCUCCUCCGGCGCGUAUUCGUGUUCCGCGUAUUACAUUUCCAAGUACAUCGCGGAACUUCCAAAACUGUUGCCGAGGUUGUUCUUCUGCGCGUUGGUGUAUAACGUCGUCGGGUUCCGCGAAGGCGCGGAAUACUUUUGGACGUUCGUUUCCAUCAUAAUCUGCGAAGCGUUGGCGGCGCAGGCGUUGGGCAUUUUCAUGGCGGCGUCGUUACCGGUUGGCGCGGCGUUAGCCUUAGGACCGGCUUCGAUUACCAUAUUCACCUUGUUCGGCGGCAUUUACUUAAACGUCGAUUCCAUCCCGAAAGGCGCCGGAUGGAUAAAAUACAUCGAUUUCAUUUAUUACGCGUUCUCCGCGUUAGCAGCGAACGAGUUUGGCGGCGACGUGAAAUUUACGUGUGUAGAAGGAGAAAUUCGGUGCUUGGAGAACGGGAGAGAAAUUCUGGAAUUGUAUUCGUUCGAGAACGUGAAAGUCGGGACGCAAGUCGGCGCGCAGUUUGGUUUGCAGUUGGGCAUUCAAUUUUUAGCCUUUUGGUUCUUGAAGAGAGGUCAAGAAGCGUACAUGGCGUUGAACAUCCCCCGAGAGGAGGUCAAUAAAAGCGUGAAUAGUGAUGACGAUGCUACCGUGAAUACGAAAAAGAGAGUGACCAACGCGUAA